CAACAACCGCGAUUCGGGGCGUGGAUUCAUCCCAAGGCCAGCGCACCACAGGACCCCAGACCAUGUCGCUGAGCUCAGGGAAGGAGGAGGAGGAGGAGGACCCGUUCUUCUCCGACGGGGAGGGCGGCCUCGAAAACGAAGUGCCCAGCGACGUCGAGGACGACCUCCUCGACGAUGACGAAGAUGAGGACGACCCUUUCAGCCCGGCCCAACAGCCGCCGCCGCCCACGCAGUCGCAGAUGCUCUCCUUUGGCCCGCCAUACUACGGCCGGCCCCCGACGCCGCUGCCCCCGUCCCCGUCCCUAACAUCGCUCCUGCGGCCGUCGCGCCCGACCACGCCCGACGCCAGCGACGACGAGGGCCUCAACAGCGCCGAGCCCGUGCCGCGCGCGUCACCCAAGGUGCCGACCUACGAGUACUACGGCUUCGUGCUGUACCUCUUCUCGUCGCUCGUAUUCCUCGUCUACCUGCUGUGGUCGUACCUGCCCUCGCCCUUCCUGCACGUCCUGGGCAUCUACUACUACCCGAACCGCUGGUGGAGCCUGGCCAUCCCCUCGUUCCUGGUCAUGCUGCUGGUCUACAUCUUUGUCGCCCUCGCCCUCUACAACUCCGAGUACCUGACCCUGCCGCUCGACAACCUCGAGACCAUCGUCGACGACGCGGGAAAGAUCGCCGUCGUCGACGGCAGGGGCCGCAUCGUCACCAGCGAGGAGAGGCGGAGGAACCUGGAGCGCGAGCGCGAGAGGGAGGGCCUGCGCGGCAGCAGCAAGGCGCACCACCAGAGGAAGACGAGCGGGACGCACCCCUAUCCCCGGGAGAGAGAGGUCGACUGGCGGGAGUGCUGGAACCAGGGGACGGACGCCGUGAUGGAUGUGCCCCUGGCAGGCGUCUGUGAGAUCCUCUACGGCGGCUCCAGGGGCGAGGACGACUCCGUUUUCAAUGUGAAUUGAGGCAUAAUGUACCAAGCGUGUCAUUGUGAGAGUUCUUUGCGACACCGUGCGCCGUGACCCAUGGCACCCGAGAAGGCACAUGCUGGCAUCUGUCGUUCCGGGCGGACUUGGCCCCGCCACCUCACGCUAAUGUACUUCACGCGGAGGGUUACGUUUCCUGGCAGUCGUUCUUAAGAACACUCGCACCCACUCUUGCUCGUAUCGCUGGCAUUGUCAUGCCCGCGCGUCUGUAGGCCGCGAGUCCGCUUCGGGGACAGCACACAGUUGUAGGCCGAAUCGUAAAGAGUAUCCGCCGCUGAUAUGCCUUCGUUCUGUAUCCACCGAGAUAUUCGUGACCAUCGAGUCUUGUCAAGUGGAUGCCAAGCAUCCGGAGGCUGUCAAGGCAGACGGAGAGUUUGAAGACGGGGUGUCGCACGUCGACAAGCUCGACAGGUUGGACGACAGAAUCGCAAAUUACGACGACUCCAUUGAGAACACCAACAUCUCCACGGCCGUGUGGCUCAGCACAUUUGCAGUAGCGACAGGCGAGUUCCUCUUUGCCGGGCUAUGGAUGACACGGGCGUCAUCUCGGCAGUACUGUUCACAGUCCGGAGCGACUUCGGCCAUGAACCAUCGUCGAGCGGGCAGGAGUUGGUCACAUCAUUGGAGUUGGUCACAUCAUUGGAGGGCGCCCUGAUCGGCUCGGUGACCCAGGCUGCUGCUUUUGCGUCUAGCAAAUGGCUGGCGGACGGUUCGUUAUUGGUCUGGGAGUCGGC